AUGCCCGCAGACGGCAGCUAUCAGGACCUGCCGACAUCACCAGAUGAGGCAGCAGCCGCAGAGCUUGCCAGGAUUCUGCAGAGUCAAGCUCGCUUGGCAGCAGGCAUUGCACAUGCUGGCGAGGAUUCGCUCCAGUAUGGCUCUUCGGGACCCUACAUGCCACAGCAUCAGGGCUAUCCUCACCCCGGUGCGGACACCAGUGAUCCCGAGCGCAACGCGAGAUACUCUCAGCAGCUUGCCACGCAGGACUACGGUGGCAGCGGUGGCAUUGGAGGCCAGGAAUAUUACUACUAUGAUGCCCGCCCCAGACCGCCGAUGGUCUACGCUGCGCCACAACAGCAGCAGCAGCAGCAGCUGACCGGAUACUAUCCCGCACCGCCGCAAAUCUACCCUGGUGCACACAUCCCGCCCUACAUGGUCUACGAUCAGAUGUAUCCCUACCCUAUGAGCGCGGGUUUGCCGCCAUCGCAGCAAAUCUCGCCUGCCUAUAUGUUCGCCCAACAUCAUCCUCCGAUGCAGCACAGUCAAUCAUUCCAGCAACAAGAGUAUCCAGUGCAUCAUCGCUUGCCGCUGCAGCAACAGCAUCAGCAGCACCAGCAGCAGCCUCUGCGCGAACAGCAGGCUCGUCGGGACAACAGACCGCCGAUCAGGCCAGCGGCGUCGACGAGCCACAGCUACCGAGAUUCGCCUUCGUAUGCCUCUCCGCCACCGAGUGGACUCGUGACGCCCAUGCAAGACCUGCGUGGUGGUUCUGCGGCUACCAUGACGCCGUCGAGCUCACCCGAGAACACGCUCGGAGGACACACAUCGACCUAUAGUGGUUCACGCAGCUACGCGACCUCACCCUCGCUAGGCGCACAAGCCGAUGAUUACCAUUCGUCAAGCUUCAGCAGCGCUGCGACUUCGCAUGCCCGACCUCCGCGAUACAACACGCCAGGCCAGCAGUCGAACAACCCCCCGCUCUCGCUCAAUCGUGGCUCGCUGGCUCGAGAGAAGAUGUAUGCACUCAUUCACGACCGACCGCCGCCUCAGAGAUUCGCCCCAAACGCACGGCACGAGCCGCAGCUCUACAAGACGCUGCCGAGACCGCCUGCACAUUCUGCCUGGGCCAUGUGGGUCGGCAACGUAUCGUACGACGUUACGCAUGACGAGCUGCUGAACUUCUUUGAAAGUCGCAAGGCACCGGUGAACUUACUCUCGCAAGACGAGAUCGCACAGCUUCGCAACAAAUCGCACGCUGAUCCCGAUGGGCCACAGCCACGUAUGACUGACGAGGAUCUCGCGACUUGCGGUGUCGAGAGCGUUCACCUCAUCCUUCGAUCUAAUUGCGCCUUCGUAAAUUACAUCUCGGACAUACAUCUCCAGGUCGGCAUAAAAACAUCUCACGGCGUGCGUCUCCGUCGGGAAGAUCAGCGAUGCAAAGAAUUUGUCUGUCGCGUCAGAAACAAAGACGACGGGACAAAGUCGGGCGUAGGCACCCAGCGAGGCAAACAGAUGCACCAGACAUAUAUCGCGUCGAAGCAGGCGGCGGAUUCUGACCAGGCAGAAUCGCAGUCGACUGUGCCAGAACUGACCGUCGAAAGCGAUACCUCUGCCCGAACGCGACAAGUGUCGACAUCCACCGUCCAUUCUUCCGCCUCGACCUCUUCGUCUUUCUUAGCUCGUCACUUUCCAAAGCGCUACUUCAUCCUCAAAUCACACACAGAGGAGGACUUGCAAAAGGCAGUCGAGCAUUCGAUCUGGAGCACGCAAAGCCACAAUGAACCGGUUCUCGAUCGUGCCUUUCGCACCAGUCGGGAAGGUGUUUUCCUCAUCUUUGGCGCUAACGGAACUGGUGAAUUCUUUGGCUACGCUCGCAUGGUCGAGCGCAUUCUCAAGGGCGACGACUCGAGAGCAAACAGUCGAGCGUCACCACACGCGUCUGCUGACAUGCGCGUUCGGGAAUUUUCGGGCUCAAGUUUGAAGCCCAGCAUCAUUCCAGAAGGCGAUGAGCAUGGAUCGCUCGGGUUAGCAGCUUCGCCACUGCCGAUGGCCAGCCCGGCUUCCCCGCAGGCGACACGACAGCUGCCUGAUCGACAGGCAAGCUCUGUGCCUGGCCGUCUGAAACCAGCCGCAGGUGACGAGGCACCUUUGCCCAGCCCGGGCGGUGGAUAUUUCCCAGUAGUAGACUCUGCUGCCAAGCGUGGCUCGACUUGGGACUCGUCAUCUUUGCUUGCGCCUUCGAGCGCUGCGACGCCCAAUACGACCACUACUACGCCUGGUACUGUGACGAGUACCACACCGAGCUCUGCAGGAGGCUUUGCGCGUACCGAAGCCGAGCGAGCGGCGGAGCAUAACCGCUUCCUCGAAAGUCAGGCGAGGGGCAGUCCGAAUGAGAACGAGCCCCCCGCUAGUGUGGUUACGGCGAGCGAGGAAGCCAAUGAGUCGAGCAGUGACAGCAAGCAGACCCAAAAGACGCUGAGUGGUGGGCCGCUCGGCUUGUCGAAGCGCGAACCUGGCAGGGCGUUCAAAGUCGAAUGGCUGAGCACAACACGUUUGCCGUUUUCGCAAAUUCGUCACCUCCGGAACAGCUUCAACGAGAAUAAAGAGGUCAAGAUCAGUAGAGACGGCAUCGAACUCGAGCCAGUCGUUGGCGAAGAGCUCCUGCAAGCAUUUAGUGCGGCGAGCGCUCCGCCUAAUUGA